UCUUUCAAAAACAGCAAGCGCCUCUCUCUCAAAAUUGUGAAUCUCAGCUCUGUUUCUCCAUUUUGUGAUUUUAUAUCUGAUUCUCUUUCUCGUUGGUCCCUUUUGAUCUCCUCUGUCAGUUUCGUUUUUCUUAAAUCCACGAAAUCCAAGAACCAGAUUGGUUUCAUUGGCUUCGUCGCUUCAGUAUCGUUUACAUGGCAACACAACCUUUGAAUAAGAUUGAGAGAGCUCACCAGAUGUAUCGUGAUGGAAGGUAUGAGGAGGCUUUAUCGUUUUAUACCGAAGCCCUCACUAUGGCGAAGACAAAAGCGCAGAAGAUCGCUCUACACAGCAAUCGAGCUGCUUGUUAUUUGAAACUGCAGGAUUUCAAGAAGGCAGCAGAAGAAUGCACUUCAGUGCUUGAGCUGGAUCACAAACACACUGGAGCUUUAAUGUUGCGGGCACAGACUCUGGUCACCCUCAGGGAAUACCACUCCGCACUCUUUGAUGUUAAUAGGCUCAUGGAGCUGAACCCAUCAUCAGAAGUCUAUCGGAAUCUGGAAGCCCGUCUAAGGACACAAUUGUCGCUUGCUCCAAUACCUGAAUCUGAAGAAGAGUCAUUGACGCCUGAGCUGGAAGAAGAAGAAAAAGAAGAAGUAGAAGAAGAUGAUGAGGAAGAGAAGGAAGAGGAGGAGGGUGAGAAAGAGAAAGGGAAACCAGUGGGUGUAAGAGCAGGCAGUAAUCAGAAAGCUGAAUCUACAAGCACCAGCUCUGAUCCCGAAGUUCCUACCUCGCAAACUCAAAGCCUCAAGGACUCACCCGACCAUUCCAGAGCAUGGGAAGCAAUCCCAAAACCAAAGGGACAUUCUAACCUGGACUAUUCACGGUGGGACAGAGUUGAAGAUGAUUCAAGUGAGGAUGACGAAGAUGAAGACGAUGAAGGUCAACCUCAGUAUCGGUUCCGUGUAAGGACUGUUGGUGUACGGCGAGUGAAGUGAAUACUAUUCCUUGUCAUGAUUUCAUGGCUGUUAUGAUCUACAAUAUCAAUUAUUU